AGGUGAUGUCAUCUAUUCCUAUUUCUAACAUACACACCUAUAAGGUCAGUGAUGUGAGGCUCUGGCUUGUACACAGUGUUGGCUGUGACUGAGUCAUCAGGGUUCAUCAACCACAAUAAGACAAAAAAGCUGGAGAGUGUGAGUUUUAGUUAGAGAACACAAAGUGAGUUCCUGUGUUCAGUUUACUGUCUGAGUCGCUUCAGUCUGUGUCAGGAUGAAGGUGAAGAUCUUCAGCUGCCUGUUUGCCUUUGUUCUGGGCUGUAACGUCACUGCAGAAAUACAACAUAGAAUAGUUAAAGAGAAGACGUCCAUCACUCUGUCUUGUCCUCACACUGUGGAGGGAAACGUGACGUGGAGCACAGAGAACCGUCAGAAGGGCAAAGUGGACAUACUUACAGUCGAUGGUGACAGAGAGGAAAAACACAUUCCUGACCCAGACCAACGCUACCGUUCACUGGCAGACAAAGCACUGCGGAUUGACAACCUUGUUCUCUCAGACUCUGGAAAAUACUUCUGUAACAAUGAGUCAGUUACGCAGCUGAUGGUGAUCCCACCAGAAAUACAACAAAGAAUAGUUAAAGAGAAGACGUCCAUCACUCUGUCUUGUCCUCACACUGUGGAGGGAAAAGUGACAUGGAGCACAGAGAACCGUCAGAAGGGCAAAGUGGACAUACUUACAGUCGAUGGUGACAGAGAGGAAAAACACAUUCCUGACCCAGACCAACGCUACCGUUCACUGGCAGACAAAGCACUGCAGAUUAACAACCUCGUUCUCUCAGACUCUGGAAAAUACUUCUGUAACAAUGAGUCAGUUAUGCAGCUGACAGUGAUCUCACCAGAAAUGUAAUAACCAGGUUCCAGACCAAAAACUUCACCCACAACAGCAACUGUUUCUGCAACAACCAAACCAUCAACCGUGCCUUUAAACACAGGUAUGAGCACAGUGACCACCCACAGCUUUAAAAGGUUCAUAUUUAUACAGUACUCAGCCCAGUGUCCAGCUCAGG